UUUCCUGAAGACAAACACAAGACUCAGUCUUUUCUAAGCACUGGAAGGCAUCAAACCGGCUUUUCCACUAUGCCAGGCUGUUCAGAAUUUUAUUUCAAUGUGGACCAUGGUUAUCUGGAGGGCCUGGUACGAGGCUUUAAAGGUGGAAUCUUGAAAACUUCUGACUAUGUCAACUUAGCACAGUGUGAAACACUGGAAGAUCUGAAAUUACACUUGCAAACCACAGACUAUGGGAACUUCUUAGCCAAUGAAACCGGUCCCCUCACAGUUUCUACCAUUGAUGACAAACUAAAAGCCAAACUACUGACAGAAUUUCAGUAUUUCCGAAACCAUGCCUUUGAGCCACUCUCCACAUUCCUAAACUAUAUUACGUACAGCUAUAUGAUUGACAAUGUGAUCCUGCUCAUUACUGGCACAUUGCGUCAACGACCCAUAGAUGAACUUGUUCUUAAGUGCCAUCCUUUGGGCAGUUUUGAGCAGAUGGAAGCUGUUAGCAUUGCUCCAAACCCUGCAGAGUUAUUCAAUGCAAUUUUGGUGGAUACUCCAUUAGCUGAUUUCUUUCAAGACUGUGUAUCUGAAAAUGAUUUGGAUGAGAUGAACAUUGAAAUCAUGCGCAACAAAUUGUACAAGUCUUAUCUUGAGGCAUUCUAUACGUUCUGCAAAAAACAAGGUGGCACUACAGCAGAUAUAAUGUGUCCUCUUUUAGAGUUUGAAGCAGACAGGCGUGCCUUUAUCAUCACCAUUAAUUCAUUUGGCACUGAACUAAGUAAAGAAGACCGACAGAAGCUGUAUCCAACAUGUGGAAAAUUGUAUCCAGAAGGCUUAGAUAUGCUGGCCAAUGCAGAAGAUUAUGAGCAAGUGAAGGGUGUGGCGGACUACUAUGCUGAAUACAGAGCUUGCUUUGAAGUUGUUGGAGGUGGUACAGGUGACAAAACAUUGGAAGAUGCUUUUUUUGAACAUGAGGUCAGAAUGAACGUGCUCACAUUCAACAACCAGUUUCAUUUUGGGGUCUUCUAUGCCUAUGUAAAGCUGAAGGAACAAGAAAGCAGAAAUGUUGUAUGGAUUGCUGAAUGCAUCUCUCAGAGACACAGAACAAAGAUUAACAACUACAUUCCUAUUUUCUGAACCAGAUAUUAAUGGUGCAUUUUAACAGGGUAUCUAUUUCACAUGCUGGGUGCUUUUGAUUAAAUUAAAAAGUCAGUUUAUAUAUUAUGGGCACCAGUAAGGGGCCAUUUUAAACUUUAUCCUUGCAGCUGUUAUUAUGUGAUCAGGUGAAGUAGCUCACUUCAUGAAUUUGGCUAUUUUCUCUCACCAUACUACAGCAAAUGGUAAAAAAUCAAGGGCUGUUAUUAGGGUGGCCGUAUGUCCUAUGCUAAAGUCUGAAGGGCUGUCAGAGCUCUACCUGACGGCAUCCUCUAUUUGAAGGGGUGAGUGAUCCAUGUUCAUUUUAAAGGUAAAGAACCGUAAGAAUAGAGAGGGCACAGGGUUAGGGUUAGGAUGGACAAGCAAUUGAGCUGACAAGCACAGAAGAUACCUGGUCACAAGGUUCCCCACUUGGAUGAGAUCUGCUGCCUUUCUAUUGGAAUGGUAGUCACUAUUUUUAAGCACGCAUGUAUACAUAUAAAUCAGCACAUGCACAUUUGAUGCAAAUUUCUGAUGAUGCACUUUUCUUUGUUGGCAAGGAAUAAGUAUCCAUUCCAUCUGUGAUUGUGUUGUAGAAAUCUUGAUAUCUCCAAAGUGGCUAGAUAUAGGAAAAGAGCUCCCUAUGUGGUAACAUCUGCUCUGUGAGGAACAUUUAAGCACUCAGUCUGUGGUGGUCCUAAUAUUUAAACUGGCUUUAUCUACAUUAUGAUGAAAUUAUAAAUCAAAAGUGAAAUCAUUGACAAAUGAUAUCUAAUGCCAUACUUCUGUUUCUAGCAGGCUUUCAUUUGAUACCCUGUGCUAACUGGUCAGUAAUGAUAAUUUGGUGACUUGUGCAGAAAAUGACACCAUUCCAAAGAUCAUUUUUCAUGGAUAGUGGCAAGAACCUCUUCCUUCUAUAACUCCCUACCAACAGAUAAUCAUGACUUCACCUAGGCACGUACUAGGCUUGUUGUGGAAGGGAAGAAACAUUUGGAUUUAGUGCACUGGCUAUAAGUAAGUGAUUGGGCAAGGAGAGUAAAGAAUCAUCUGGUUGGCGAUGAGAAUCUCAUCUCACCGCUAACACAAAGAAGCAGAUCCAGAAAGGAGAUCUGUAGGCCAGCAUGCACUGUUGGAUCAUGGCAAACGUCUAUGUGUCACCUGCACUAGGUUGGAUUUUGUAAAUCUUCCCUAGUGGAUUCAUUCAGAAUUUUUCUGUGUGGCCACAGAAUACGCAUUUCUACCUAGAAACACAGUUACACUCAUGACUGGUUUAUACUGAUACAUAGAAUGAUAAAUAUCAACUGAAGAGAAGGAAUGUGUACAGCAAGAGCCAAGCUAACCACAAUAUUAAAUGCAUCUUACAUUUAAUUUUCUAGUUUUGUUUAAAAAGCCCAACAAUAUUAGUUGAGAACAGGUUUUAUAGUUAUUGGGAUUGCAGUAGGAGUUUUUUCCCCCAAUGCAUAUAGCAGCUCCUCAUUAGGGGUUUUGCUUAUGACUGCAGGUUAAAUACCACUUCUCUGCUUCCACCCUGAUAAUUAUCUAAUACUCCCACCAGCUGAUCCUAUUUGCAUUUAAAAUACAUUUAACUUCACUCUAAUUUGGCCCAAAGAAAUGUGAACAGCAGAGGAGAGGAAAAAAAACACUACUUUAGCAUUUCUCACAGAUCAUAGAAAGGGUUUGAACUGAAUCCUAAGAUUAAUAUAAAAUCAUCCUCUUGAAUCAAAAAGGCCAAUGAGAAAUUAAAAGAGCAAAAACAGCUCCAUUAUCUAGCAAUUACUUGUGCUUAAAAUAUGUAGAAAUAACAGGAUGAGCACCUUCCUAAAGACUAUUUUGGUGAGAGGUGUGGACAUUUUUUCUAAUCAAUACAUGGGUAAAAGAUAGAUAUGUUUUCCAAUAAGGCACUGAAAAACUAUCUGGUGUCAUUCAACUAACAUUAAAUGCAAUAUGAUGAGAUGUAAGAUUUUUCCAGAAUUGCUUGUGUGUAUGUGUAUAUCUAUAAUUUAUUUAAGGCAGAAAAAAGCCUCACAAAUCUUACAUUUAACAUUCCUCAUGCUGUUUUGCUCAGAAAAUGUAAAGGACAUUCAUAACAUUCAUAACAUUCUUCUCAUAACUAGGGUGGAAAAUGUGACAAUUAAAAUGGGUAUGACAAACCAGAUUGAAAGUGCAAUUUAGCACAGGUACCAGCAAAGACAUUUAUAUAUGUUAAAAACUUAAACCCACACUAUCAAGAUAAAUGUGUUUUGUGUUUGGAACAUGCUACCUAUUGGCUGUAAAGGAAGUAAUACAUGAUUAUUAUUCAUUACUGUGCAAGCAAAA